AUGCUUUCGAAGGAAUUAAAGGAAGCAAUUUUUGGAAAGGAUGAUAAACUUAGUUCUUUAGAAGAGAUAACAAUUGCUCGAAUCAAAGAGCAAGCUAUAGUAUUAUCAGGAGAAAUCAAUGAGAAUCGUAAUUCAUUUAGAGAUCGUUUAAGAAACGGGUUAGUGCUUGGUUAUGCAGAUAGAAUUGCUAAGCUUUAUUAUGAUAUAGCAUAUGCGAACUACAACUACUAUAGUAAAGGUCUUGUUAAAGAUAAUUUACUUUCAGUAAAAUUUUAUUUAGAAAAAUCGAUUCAUCAGUUUGAUGGUAAAUAUCGAAUAAGUAAUAAUUUUAAUAUUGUAAAAGUAGCAAAAUAUUUUUUGUAUUCAACUUGUGAUCUUUAUUUGACACCGACUCUUGAACAAAACAAGUUACCUUCGAUUCCAGGGAACGCCGUUGUACGGUUAAAAUUGAGGAAGAAAAUGGAUACAUGA